UGGCCGUGAUCUUCCCGCGGUCCUUCUCGACGCCGCGCCGCAUCGGCUUCUUCUGCCACGACGACUCGAUCCGCUUCCCCAAGGUGCCGGACACCAUCUCGGACGGCAUGGUGGCCCUCGUCACGCUCGUCAUUCCCUCCGCCAUGAUCGCGCUGACCGAGGUGGUGCGCACGGGCCGCGCCAUGCCCAGCGGCCUGCGCUGGCGGGGCGCCGACGUGCCGCUGUGGCUCGUCCGCGUCUACCGCCACAACGGCGUCUUCAUCCUGGGCGCCGGCCUGGCCGAGCUCACCGUCGACCUGGCCAAGAACUACGUCGGCCGGCUGCGGCCCAACUUCCUGGCGGCGUGCAACCCGGUGACGCCCGGCGACGCCUCCUCGUACACCAACCUGUGCGCCGCGGCCACCCCGGGCAACCCCGUGUACAUCCCGCCCAGCGCCUACGUCUGCCUCGGCGACCCGGACGACGAGAAGGAGGCCAGGGCGUCCUUCCCUUCGGGCCACUCCGUCCUCGCAUUCUACGCAGCUGUCUACCUCGCUUUGUUCGUGCAAUCGCGGCUGAAGCGCUCGACGGGCACCCUGGCGCUGCUGCGGCCGCUCGUGCAGUGGCUGGUGCUGCUGGUCGCCUGGUGGAUCGCCCUCUCGCGCAUCGUCGACCACAUGCACCACCCGGGCGACGUCCUGGCCGGCGCCGUCAUCGGCACCCUCUUCGCCGCGCUGCAGGCGUUCCUGGUGAGCGGAAUGUUUGCCGACGAGAGGGCGCCCGCCGACCAGCUCGUCGUUCUCAGCCCCACCAAGACCUACACGUCGCCAAACUGCGUCUGAUUCGUGUGCCUCAUUGGAGUGGCUGCUGUCCUCACGGAAUCAACGCCGGUCAUUUGAAACUUAAGAAACCAUGUGUGUGGUAGUUGACAGUGUGGACCUCCUACUCAUUUCGUCUUAGUGACCAAUCGAUUCUCAAGCCGCAAGUUUUCUGAUAUGUCUGAUGACAGAUGUUAACAGUAUUAAUCAGGCACCUCCUAAAACGUAAAAUUUAAGAAAUUCGUUGUGUGAAAUAGCUGGUUAAGUUAGAUUGUGUUUUGGGUUUUCUUACCUGUACAGUCCCAUAGGAAGUUUCCUCUUGAACUAUAUUUAUAUGCCACACUUUCAUCGUCCAUAUUUGGCAAAUCUUGCCCGAAAGUGAAACAGAAAUUCGCUGUUCAGUUUUUUUUACUUUUUCUUUCAGUGUUCUGGCAACAUUUUAUUGGCUAGCAAUAAACCAAUUUUGUCUGUGAUGGGCCACUUGCGCCAAGUAUUGUUGACUUUGUAUAUUUUAUGUUCCAUAGCAUUUAUUUAAGAUUUUUAUUUUUGUCCUUUUUUAAUUUUUAGAAAGAUUAAGCUAUCUUUAUCAUAGUGUAUCAGACUAACAAUAAUGUUUGUUUUGUUUCUUAAACACUGAGUGUGUUCAAAAUGGCUAUCCUAUAGAGUCAGCUUGAGAAAGUAGCAUAGACAGAUUUAUUAUCACAUUUCUUUUUAGUGUGCACCCUUAAGAUUAUUAGCUCGUAAGUUUGUAAGUAGUUGCUUGAACGUCUUUUAGAUUCUGCUGUCUGUGCAAAAUUAUGACAAAGCGUGAGAUCGAAUUUAUCUCAUUAAAUUACAUUAGUGCAUAGUUCAUAGUUACUGCAUCCAACUGAGAACCAUUUAUAUUCUCAGAGAUCUGCUGUAUGAGAUUAUUUCGUUGACAAAAUGGAUAGAUACGUUCCAUACAUAUGUUCCAUACAUAUGUUCCAUACAUAUGUUCCAUACACAUGUUCCAUACUUAUGUUCCAUACAUAUGUUUCUUUCGCAAUUUUGAAAAGAAAUUCUAAUCCCGAACGAUACUUUUUAUUUGAAAAACAAAAAUAAAACACCGACCAUUA